AAGGAGGAGGAGGAGACAGCGAUUGCUCUAUUUCUGACGUCAGAAUCUUGCCGCAGAGAUAAGCCGCGAGGCUUAAUAUUAACUACAAUGUUCCUUCUUUCAAAAAGAGCGACAGCGCGCCAAGGGAUUGUCGAGCUGAUGAACAGAGACGCUUUGCGAGACGCAUUCCAAACACUUUUCUCGUUCUGCGCACCGACUCUGGCGCAGUGCACGAAACAGAGCCCAAACUAUGAGCUGAGCAGAUAAGAGCUGUGGUGGAGGAAUUGGCCAGCGGUCGUGUAAACGCACAAACGGAAGAUGGGAACGGCGGGCGAGGAUCUGCUCGUGACACUCCAGAUACUACCCGGUUUCUUUUCCAACUGCCUCUUCCUUGCCCUGUACGACUCGGUGGUUCUGCUGAAGCGCGUCGUUUCGCUGCUCAGCUCUCGGUCCGCCGGCUGCGGAGAGUGGCGCCGCAUGCUGACCUCGGCGGGACUGCGCUCCAUCUGGAACAGCUUCCUCCUGGACGCCUACAAGCAGGUGAAACUUGGCUGUGAGGCACCCAAUUCCAAAGUGGUGAAGGUGCCUGAUGGCCCUCGGUGGAGCAGCACCAUCAGAAUCCAAAAUGGGGGUGAGUGCAGACUUCUGGAUUUUGAGUCAUCAGAUCGCCCCCUGGUGGUCAACUUUGGCUCAGCCACCUGACCCCCCUUCAUCAGCCACCUGCCGGCUUUCCGGCAGUUAGUGGAAGACUUCAGCGAUGUGGCUGAUUUCCUGUUAGUGUACAUUGAUGAGGCUCAUCCAUCUGAUGGCUGGGUGGCCCCUCCCAUGGGUUCUUGCUCCUUCAGUUUCCGGAAACACCAGAACCUGGAGGAAAGGAUGGGAGCAGCACGUCAACUCACUGAGCACUUUUCUUUGCCGCCGCAGUGUCAACUAGUUGCUGACUGCAUGGACAAUAAUGCUAAUGUGGCUUACGGUGUGUCCAACGAACGGGUGUGUAUAGUGCAACAAAAAAAGAUUGCCUACCUGGGGGGCAAAGGGCCAUUUUUUUACAAUCUGAAGGAUGUGCGCCAGUGGCUGGAACAGAGUUAUGGUAGACGGUAGGAGGAUUAAAAGUGCCUUUUUAAAUUUUUGAAAACAGAGAUUAUUUGGUUUUGUAAGAAUGUGUUGUGAUGGUAUUUUUACCAUAAAGCUGUAACGAAGGGUCCCUUUUACCAAAAAAGGGGGGAAAAGGGCAAAGGCAAGAGACAACUCAACCAGCAUCUUAAUCAAGUCAACCUCACCCUCCUCACCUCAAGCCUUACCUCCUGAACUAAAGUCAAGUCUUUUCCAUACAAAUAUUGUGCAUAAACGUGCGUGUUUAUUUCAGAUUUUGUCCGAAUUACUUACUGUCAGCAGAUCAGAUAUGCGACCCUCCCGUCCCCAGACAGCUGACAAGAGCAGUGAAACAACAACAGCAGUAGCUGGGAUGAUGUUAUUCCAGCUACACACAGUUUUAGUAUUUCUUAGUUUGGUAAAAAUGUUAUUACAUCUCACCUGAUGAAUGUGUUAUUGAGACUGAAUCUCUAGAAGACUGCGAGUCAACUGCUUUCAAAACCUUGAGAUAACAGCCACAUUAAAUCUAGUAAAUCUAAUUUGAUAAUGAGCACUGAACGCAAUCCAAAAUACGACGUGUAGGCACAGUGAAUAAGUACAUACACAGAUUAUUGUUCGAAGCAUCGGAUCACGACUGCACAUGUACUUUGCAUGUAGACACAGACUGAAGGGAGCCUUGUAAAAAUCACAUUUAUAGUUGAUUUGCAUGGUUUGCAAAGGAAGAAGCACUUUUGUUGACUUUAUGACCAGAUCUUUUUCCAGGAGGUUCCGUGGGCUGGACUGCAUGGAAAACUCUAGGCAGACGCUCAGGGGGAUGAUGGGUAUUACCAAGUGCAAAAUUUAUUGUCAGUAAGUGAAGCGUGUAUCUUUCCGAAUGUUGUGUACUGAAUGUUCGAUGGUUUGGCCAAGUCUUGUAAAGUGAUGGUUUGGUUAAACUCUUAUGCCAUGAGUAAACUGCUUUGGGUUAAGGUUAGGUUGCAUUCACAAUUUCACAUGUAACUGGAAGUCAUUACCUUUCAAACCAAGUCUUUGCUUUUGGCUCUUUGUUAUAAGAUAUCCAUUUAGAUACGCAAUAAAGAUGAACAGUUCAAUAAAGCGGUACUAGUAAACCUAACCCUAGCCCCAUACUUGUCAUUGGUGGCUCUGUGGAUGUUAAUAGACAUGCUGUUGCAUCUAUGUCACUUCCUUUAAACACUCUGAGAAAAGGCUUAAAAGGGUGAUCAACUUUUGGUUGAGCAUUUCAUUUGAAGUUAAAAUAAAUAACUGGCAGUAUUAAUGGAAAUGCAUCAGACUUUGAGCACAUUACAAACGUGGAUAAAAUGACUGUUAUCCAGCUAUUACUCUGACAACAGGGGAGAUGCACUUGGAGCCUUUAGCUGUGUGUGCCUAUAAACAAAUCAGUCACCUAAGCUUUGUUCAUGAACUAUCAAGUGAUCUGCACCUUCGGUCAAAAGUACUCCCCCUAACUAACAGAAGAGCUCUGUUUUUGUUUUUUAAUUAAUAUCUUUUCAAAUAUUCAUUGAUAAAAUACAAUUUCUUCACAUUAGCACAAAAUGUUUUGUUUUAGAGUCAGAUCUCUCCUGCAUACAGCUCUCUCUCUCAUGUCUUGUGAAGAAUUCAUUUCAUGAAGAUUUCAUUUGUAAAUGCAUAUUUAACAGCUAAAUGUAGAUGUAAUCUCAGAUUUAAAUUCAUAUUUCUCAAAAUAUGAACAGUGGAAGUUCAGUAGCUGUUCGGGUGAUUCUUUUCAAAUGAAAGCUCCUUCGAACAGAUGCUUUGUCCUGGUCACAGUGACAAAGGUGUGCAAAUGAAAACCUUUGACGAAAGAGUCCACAGCUCAGUCUCUGGUUGGAUAGAGAGCAGCACCUGGUCAACGUGACGCAGAUCCAAAGCAUCUGUUUUCAUUGUCACUUUGCUAAUGUCUCAAUGACUGAUAUCAAUAGCUCUAUUUUCCAUUCUCUUUACUGUACUUUGCCAUUAUUUGAAGCGUAAUGUAUAUUUUUAUAUGUCGAAGGAAAAAUAAGUGGAAAAUAAACAUGAAUGUGUUUGUCUGGAA